GUGUCAAUUAAUCGUGGUCGUAACUUUAUGGAGUGAUAAAUAAUCUUAGAUUCCUAGCAAUUAUUGUUGCUAACAUAAAAUCAAUUUUCGAAAGUAAAUCUUCCCCCGGGCCCUUAACCAUUUACGUGAAAGGUCUGCAUGAGCACUUCACAAAUUAUGAUAAAGCAAGGCGUUUUUAUGGAAAUUAGUGAUUUAAAAUAAUGAUAAUAUUUACAAUUACACGACGAUGAGUUUACAUGCAGUGGAGCACGUUUGCUGGAUACAAAGGACUGUGAGCAAGGUCUAAUUAGUUCCAUUUUCUAGUACUACACUAACCGUAGUCACUUUAUCAUCCAUGCCCAUGUUAAUUAGACCUUAAUUUUAUUGUGGAGGACCGUUAUCUUUGCUUCUGCUUCCCUUCAGUUCUACAAAACCAUUCUGAAUGUAAGUACAUAAGUAAAACUUCAGGUUGGCCCACACCGGCUUCGCAACUUGCCCAUUAAACGUCCCCAUCUUAAGAAACUGGAUUCGAAAUGUCGAAAAUCUCAUCAAAAACCUCCCCCGUGUCAAAGUCCUCCCCUCGUCAGUCCCCCAAAGCGAAAAAAUGUCGUCGUCACCCCGUCCUCGCCGCCCCAAUUGUGCACCUCGACGUGGAAAUUCCGACCCUCAUGCUCUGGGUCAAGGAGGAACCAUUCAUCUUUGGGAUUCUGUCCCCCACCCCAAUUUCAAGAAUUGGGCUCAUCAUGCUCCGCAAAGUGGCCGAAUAUUGUCGCGAUCGGGAAGGAUUUUACCCUAAAAUUCGCUACGAGCAAUGGCAACACAUCAGCAAACGGAAGCUCAACCUUCCUUGUGAGUUGUCCUGGUCGUUUAUCCGGUCGUUCGACAUCCUCACGCGUGCAAUCGAUCCUAGGACGAAUUUUAAACUCAAGGACAGUCUGGACAUCGAAAUGGAGAACAUUCGAACCAAUUUGGUCGACCCGGAGGAAGAGCUUUCCGUGGACACGCUGAAAUUCCUAAUAUUUCUCUACAUUCAGAAUUUCUAUAAACUUAUGGAAUCCAGAAAAUAUGAGGCAGCGGCCAGAAAGGGGAAAAAUUUUGCGCAAUUGUUUGAAGACCAUUGGCCCGUGGAAAUGGUGAAGGAAGUGAAAGAAGAAGAAAAAUCAAAGCCGGGAACUCCACCUAAUACGAGUGUCGGAUCUAAAUUUUACAGGAAGCGCAGACCUCUCCCUGAACAGACUCACGGUUCAUUUGUCGAGACCAAUAUCGAAGAAAUUGUUGACUUUCUUCAUCUCGUCUUCGUAAAGAAGGACAAAAAUGACGAGCAACAUUCUGCCACGAGAAUCCCUCUCGAAAUCGUUUCAGCCCUAAGUCUCAUCCUUGGAUCCGCCAGCGUCAAGGGGAAACCGAUUGAUACGGAAUUUUCCACGCUGGCCGAAUGUGUCCUGGCCGUACCAGAAGUGGCAACUGCAGUAGGUUUCGUCAAAGAUGAGGAGAACAAGAAUGGCAGUGUAGAUAAGCAGAGGUUGAUUCAGUGGGUGAGAUCCAAUCUCAAGAUGAACCCGUGGGGACCAUCAAGCACCCCAGUGCCACAGCAAGGCGUCAGCUAUCGGACAGGAAUCUGGGAAAAUACUAACGCUUUUGAAAACAAUCGGGUUUAUUGGAAUACUCAACUUUAUCCGAAGGGGUGGUACUUAAUCUCCACCGUGAACAGUAAAGUCUUCCACCUCGACACGCUCCAACUCCUCUCAUCCCUCAAGGUCCACCGAUGCUCAAAUUCCUACAUCUACAUCCCCUGCACACUGAGCUCCAUUCUCGUAGAAAAAUGCGACAAUUGCACCCUUUACUUUGGUCCGGCUGCAAAAUUCGUGAAAUUUGUGAACUGUUCCAACCUUCGCGUCUCCGCGGUGGGGAGGAUGUUCAUUCUUGAGGACGUGGUGAGCAGCACGUUCAACAUUGCGACGCCGACGCAUCCCAUCAUUUGUGGGGGCAAAGGGAAAGACAUCGUUCUCGGCCCGUACAACACUUUCUACCCGAAGUUGGAGAGGCACAUGGACAUGGUCGGAUUGGGAGCGACGAUCCUGAAGGGAGAUCGACCCCUUGAAUUAGACAUGAGUGGGUUUCCUUCCUCCAGAAACAGAAAUCCCGACACUCCAGCGGCAGGAACACGGCAGGAAUCUGCUUAUUCUAUCCUGAGACCGGAAAACUUUACGAAAAUCAUCUACCCCUUCACCAUGAAUGGAUCCUCCUUCCUAAAUCCGUGCGAACUUCAGAGGAGCUACGCGAAACAAGCGGCGUUCGUAGAGGCGACUGGAUUGGCUUACAUGAUGCAGAUACGGAAAUCAGAUUUAAACGAACAGCAGAAGAGUCAGCUCAUGUCCGUUGUUCAGCUGCGAUUUCAUAACUGGUUGAAAGAGAAAGGUCAUCUCGACCAGUUGAGGGGGCUGAGAUCCCUCCAAAAAGCUAUCGUCGAGGGAAGUACGGUCCCAAUUUUAGAAACGAGGAAAUCCAUCCGAGAGGAAAAGAAGAGGUUGAACAGUGCUGGUACUGGUUCAAUUAAUGGUGAUGAUGGUGGUAGCUCAAAUAAUGGAGUAGUAACGUCAUCCGGAGGAAUAAUGGCAACAAGCAGCGACUUCUUUGCUUCUGAUCCCGCAUCAGAUCAGGUGGCUUCCCAAGAGGGGAGUGACACAGCCACCCAAGUUCCCCAACAGCCCAACCAAGGUCAUAUUCCAAAGAGUCGCAAUAGCAGCAGCACUUCUUCCGAGGCGUCGUCUGGGUCUGGGUUAUGUGCAGGAUGCAAAAAGAGUUCCAAUUCCGGAUCUGAUGAUGACGUAUUCACGCCAGACAAGAAACUUUCAGUCCGUGAUACGUGGAAGACCUUGGAGUCUGUCUACUUUUCCAACCUUUCCGGAAGCAGCGGCGAUGAAUCGGAUCACGACACGGAGCCCUUUUCUGAGGAUGACGACAAUCACGGCGACGAUGGCGAACAAAGGGGCGAGAAAAAGAGUUCGACUAGUUCUUCAAAUUCUGGGUUUUACGUGGACGAUGGGUUGAACUGGAGUCCCAUCUAAAAAUACCACACUGAUCUGGAAAUCUUUGUUGUUUAACAAGUCAAAUAAUUAAUAAAUUGGAUAUAGUUAAAUUAA